AUGACCCUAGGUUGGUCUCUCACAACCACGGAAUCGUACAUGUAUGACUCCCUCUCCGCCCUGGUCUACUGUAUGGACUACUCUGGACCCGAACUCAAUAUCUGGCGUGAGAUGGGGACUCUCUUCAGUGAUGCUGCCAUCUGGCCUACGAGCGACUUCACGUUCAAGCUACCCGAAUGUGGACCCAGAGUUGGUGCCACGGCUGUCCGGAUGGUUGCUCAGGGCUGGGGUGGGGUCUUCUAUGGUGAAGACGCCUGCGUCUUUUCUGUCGAUCCAAUCGAACCAGAAGCCACUCCAACCAGCACGACCCCAAACUCUUUCAAGAUGCCUCCACCCACGACUACUCUCGGCAAUCCACUUCUCCAACCGACGACAAACACUCUGCCUCCUCCUCCGACCAACACUGCACCUCUUCCUAUCGCCCCAACCAGUCUUCCUACGGAGGGAAUCACCAUGUCUCCUAUCGUGACUCCGAGCACGAACACAGCCUCCACCGCGCCCAGUCCCAAGGUCGGUUCUGGUACCGAGACUUCUUCGUCGGGUGGUACAGGCGACGCAGGGUCAGCUUAUUCACCAGCGGUCCAAACUUCUUUCCCUCCUUUGCCUCCACUCCCGACCUUCCCCAAUGGAGGAGGAAUAUCACCACCUGUCGGACCUACAGCUGAGAAGCAUGAUAGCAGCCAGGCUCUGAAGGCCACGCUACUUUCUGUCGGAGUUUUUGCGUGCUUGGCUGCAGUUGUGGUACCGUUGCUGGUGAUGAAACGGCGACGAAUGAGGAGGAACCGGAAGCUGGCCUCUCGAUCUGAGGAACUGAUCUCUGGAGGCGCAGCGCCGGGGACUGGUGGUGGUGCCGGUGCUGUUAUGAAGGAGAAGAAGCGCCGUUUGGGUCAUAAGCCCAAGGAGGGGUACUUUUACAAGAUGGAGGAUGAGGAGGAGGGUGAUUUUGAUAACGACGACAUGCAGCAGAGCAGUGGAGACUUGGAGAAGCGAUAUGCAGCAUUGGCCAUGACUGCACCUGCAUCUGCAGCUGCAACUGCAUCGGACGACGGCACUACUGAGACCCAGGACAGAUCGAUGGCCGUCGGAGCUGGAGUUGGACAGUUGGAUGCAGUGACUGUGCCGCAGAUGGCACUCCUUGGUGACACGACCACCGCCGCCUCGUCUCACAAGCGCCGAUCGUCCUUGUCAUACAUGGUCACAUCCCACUAUACCAUGUCUUCAUUGGGUGACGGGUCAAGCAUCAAUGGGGAUGAUUCAUCGGUCGUGCGCAAGUACUGGGCUGCUUCCAUGGCCGCAAGAACCGAGCGUCGUCUGGAGGGUCAUUCACCCACACGUGGAUUGGAGGAUGGUAGUGACUCGUACGGAUAUGACGAGGGGUCGAUCUUUGGUGACCAGAGUCGGGAUUCGGAUUCGAGGAUGGCCGAUAUCCUCAGCCUACGGACCACAGGGAGCGUGGAAGGAACUGCGGGCGGUACCAUGGACACAACACGUCACCGUCUCUAUGAGCAAUACCAACAGCAGGAAUCAUACCGUCGGGAUACGCUGAACACGUCGUUUGGAGACGGCACCUCGACCAGGACCAUGACGCUGAGUCUAUCGAGCGCGCAGAGUAGUUAUCCGUUCAGCGAGGAAGAGUUCCUAGAACGGAUGCAUUUUGAGCAGCUGCAGACUCAACUCCAACACGAGUACUAUGCUCGAGAACAACGGGAACAUCACCAGCAGUACCAUCAUCAUAAUGAGACAGAGUCGAUGAUGAGUCGGAGAACGAGCUCUGUGCCCUCUUUGACGUCGACCAACGAUCCCUUCAAGACCUUUGACUCGAACGAGAUUGUCCUCGAUCAGGACCGGGAUCAGGAACAGCAUCUGCAUCAUUCAGAGGAUCCCUUUGCCGACUCGCGUCGGUGUACACCUUCGCCAGAACCAUCACUACGCGUUCCUACGAUGGAUAGGUCAAAUUCUGACCUUGUCGGCUCCUUCCCUCAUUCUCCUUGA